UGAUAAAACCUUUUUGAGGAAUCGAAGCGUGAACGUUAGAAAUGGCAGAAACCGCUCCAGCAGCUCCCGCCGCCACUCCGGCUAAGGCACCCAAGAAGAAAGCAAGCUCCAAGCCUAAGAAGACUGGCCCUAGUGUAUCCGAUUUGAUCGUAAAGGCUGUGUCGGCUUCAAAGGAACGACAUGGGCUCUCUUUGGCUGGACUGAAGAAGGCUCUUGUGGCUGCCGGCUAUGAUGUGGAGAAGAACAACGCCCGCGUUAAGCUCUCUGUGAAAAGCCUUGUGAACAAAGGUUCUCUUGUGCAGACUAAAGGUACCGGCGCAUCUGGAUCAUUUAAAAUCAACAAGAAGCAGGCAGAGCCUAAGGAAAAAGUCGCGAAGAAAAAGGCAACUCCGAAGAAGAAACCAGCGGCGAAGAAGCCCGCAGCUGCCAAGAAAGUAAAGAAGCCAGCUGCUAAGAAACCUGCAGCUGCCAAGAAGGCGGCUAAGAAGCCUGCCGCAGCCAAGAAAGCCACCAAGAGUCCCAAGAAAGCGAAGCCGGCUGCAAAGCCCAAAAAGGCAGCGAAAAGUCCGAAGAAGCCCAAAACACCUAAACCCAAGGUGACCAAGCCGAAGGCUGCAAGGAAAGCGGCACCCAAAAAGAAGUAAAUUUGUCUUGACGUU